AACUUAAAAAUAGCAAAUGUGAUUUGUUUUUUAUAGUAUGAAGCGAUUACAAAGAUUGGAUUUUAAUCCCAACCCCAAUCAACUUUUUCAUUAAACUCAGCUGCUCUUUGCAUCAGAAACAGCUUUGCUUUGAGUCGCACUCUUCCGCAACAGUGUUUUCUACUGUAUGGAGUUUAUGGGGUGCCACUUAUCAGCUUCUAACUCAUAUUCUCCUACUUUCAAGUUUAAGUGUCAACAAUUCGACAAGUGUAGGUCGGCAUUACCUGGAGUAAUACUUUGUGGCAAUCGGAAGCUUAGACCUGACGAAUUUGUGUGGAGACGAAAUGAGUCAACCCAAAAUGUCGAUUUCCCACCAAAAUUGCCAAAAGGGAAGAAAAAACCAUACCCUAUUCCCUUUAAACAAAUCAAACACGCUGCAAAGAUGGAAAGAAAACUUGCGAGCAAGGGAAUAGAGAAACCUCUUGAACCUCCAAAGAAUGGAUUGCUUGUUCCUGACCUAGUUCCCGUUGCUUAUGAAGUAUUUGAUGCUUGGAAGCUUUUGAUUAAAGGUCUUUCCCAGCUUUUGCAUGUCAUUCCUGCAUAUGGCUGUAGUGAAUGCUCGGAAGUACAUGUGGCUCAGACUGGUCACUCCAUUCUAGAUUGUGAAGGCCGUACCAGUUCAACACGUCAUAGUUCUCAUGCAUGGGUCAGGGGUAACGUCAAUGAUAUACUUGUUCCGAUUGAGUCAUAUCAUCUCUUUGACCCAUUUGGUAAGCGUAUUAUGCAUGAUACACGGUUUGAAUAUGACCGGAUUCCAGCUGUUGUUGAGCUCUGCAUUCAAGCUGGCGUGGAUAUCCCGGAGUAUCCAUCCCGCCGAAGGACCAAUCCCAUACGAAUGGUAGGGAGAAGAGUACUUGACAGAGGUGGACAUCUAGAGGAGCCUAAGCCAUUGCGCACUGCAGAGUUCUCUUCUGUCAUCGACUUUGAUACUUACCGAGCUUGCGAGCGAUUUCCCCCUCCACCGUUAUCAGACGUACCUAAAAUUGCUCAAGAAACUAUCGAUGCAUAUCAAACUGUUAGAAAGGGUGUGAGGAAGUUGAUGAAGAAAUACACCGUGAAAGCAUGCGGUUAUUGCUCGGAGGUUCAUGUGGGACCUUGGGGUCACAAUGCAAAGCUUUGUGGAUCAUUUAAACAUCAAUGGAGAGAUGGAAAACAUGGUUGGCAAGAUGCUACUUUAGAUGAAGUUUUACCUCCAAAUUAUGUGUGGCAUGUUAGAGAUACUAAUGGACCUCCCAUAAAGGCUGCAUUGAAGAGAUAUUAUGGAAAGGCUCCUGCCGUAGUUGAAGUUUGUGUGCAAGCGGGUGCACGUAUACCGGCCGAGUACAAGCCGUUGAUGAGGCUUGACAUUGUAAUUCCAGACACCGAUGAGGCAGGAAUGAUUGCUUAAUAUGUGAUCUUACAAAAUAUCUUGAACAGGACAUGUCUGAUUCCUUGAUGUAUCCAACAUGUAUAUAGGCCAAUAGCAGAACAAGUAGGUUAUAUCACUAAAUUUUGCUGUGUGAAUUUGUCUGUAUAAUGUCUUAAACUAGUGAGUAGUUAUGUAGGAAGAUCAAUGUAUGUGUUCAUUUAGUCUGUUAUGGAUACAAUAAAAUCAAAUUGAGUUUUUAUAGAAUUCAAGAAUGUUUGCAGUUAUGGUUCACAUUUUUUCCAUCUUAAACUGGUUACUUCAUCAUUCUGUGAAUGGGAAA